UCCGUCUCCGUCUCCGGUCCCCGUCGCCCGGAAACCCUAGGCGACCGCGCGGAUCGACGGCCACCAUGCUCAAGUUCUCGGACAUCGUCUCGAACCAGAUUCGCUUCCUGCUCGGCAGCGUCGACGAAUCCAACCUCGACCCCGUCUUGCGCGAGCUCUACCAGUUUCUUGGCUAUGGUGUUGAAGGAAGCAUUUUGCUGCUCCAAACCUGCCUGGAUUACCUGAAUCUUCACUGGGCAGAGUUGAACUCGCAUGUUAAAGCUGCUUUAGUGUCAAUUUUCAAGUACAUCUUGGAGAAGCCAAACUUUAGCACGGUCUUUUGUCUCUCAUUAAAAAGUGGAGUGCUGAGUGAAGCUUUUCUGGAGAAUCUUUCGGAUACAUUAUGCUUAUCCCUGUGUGAAAAAAUUAGCAUUGGUCUUGCUUUGUCAAGUUCUGAAAAUGUUGAAAUUGGGAAGUGUGGGAAGAACUUUUGUAUGGCUCAGAUUGAAGAAUUGUCUGCAAAUCCUGCUCCUUUGAAAGCUGCUGAGCAGAUCCAGGGAAUUAUUCUGUUCCUUCAGCGCUCAGAAGACCUGUGCAAGCAUGUAGAUUCUUUCAUGCAGAUGUUGUCUCUGGUGCAGCCUAAAGAUGUUGCCUCAUUCAUUUUAACCCCUUUGCUUUCAGAUGAAUUGCGUGACGUCAAUACAAUGAGGAGCUUGGAUCUACUGUAUGAUUGCAAAGAAGAUGAUUUUGAUGCUAUCUUGGCGGAAAUGGAGAAGGAGAUUGGCAUGGGCGAUGUCAUGAGGGAGUUAGGUUAUGGAUGCACAGUUAAUGACUUGCAGUGUAAAGAAACCUUAUCUCUGUUUUCUCCACUAACCGAAGUCACUCUCUCUAGAAUAAUUGGUACUAUUGCCCGUACUCAUGUUGGUCUCGAAGAUAAUCACAGCACAGCUUCGAGUUUUGCUGUGGCACUUGGCAACAGCAGUUGGUCUGAUCUUCCCUCUCCAAGCUCUUGGAACAUUGAUAUUCUCGUAGAUUCAAUCAAGCAGCUUGCGCCUGGAAUCAAUUGGGCAUCAGUAAUUGAAAGCCUGGAUCAUGAAGGAUUCUACUUGCCUAACGAGGAAGCAUUUUCUUUCUUCAUGUCUGUUUAUCGAUGUGCUUGUCAGGAUCCUUUUCCUCUCAAGGCCAUAUGUGGGUCUGUCUGGAAGAAUAUUGAGGGCCAGAUAUCAUUCUUAAAAUGUGCUGUGUCAGCUCCUCCUGAAGUAUUUACCUUUGCUCAUUCUGGGAGGCAGCUGGCUUAUGUUGAUGCGAUAAAUGGUCAUAAGCUCCAGCUUGGACAUGCAAAUCAUGCUUGGUUGUGCCUUGACCUCUUAGAUGUGUUGUGUCAAAUUGCUGAGGCUGGUUAUGCUGGAUCUGUUCGCGCAAUGCUUGAAUACCCUCUCAAAUACUGUCCAGAAGUCUUGCUUCUUGCAAUGGCACAUAUUAAUACUGUAUAUAAUCUCCUGCAGUCUGAAGUCUCCCUUGCCGUGUUUCCCAUGAUAAUGAAAAAUGCCGGGGGUGUCGGCAUGAUCCUUUACCUCUGGCAUGUUAACCCGAUUCUUGUGUUGAGGGGGUUUGUUGAUGCUGCGGGUCUUGAUCCAGACUGCAUGACUAGAAUACUGGACAUUUGUGAAGAGCUUAAGAUACUUUCCCAAGUUCUAGAGAUGAUUCCUUCUUCCUUUGGCAUCAGACUUGCUGCCCUUGCUUCACGAAAGGAACUCAUAGACCUUGAAAAUUGGUUGAGCAAUAAUCUGACUACUUACAAGCACAUUUUCUUUGAGGAGUGUCUUCAAUUCCUGAAGCUUCUGGAAUCUGGUGAAUCAGUGGAUAUUACUGCCAAGGGCUCUCUGCAUUCUGGCGGACUUUCGAAUCUUUAUCUGGAUGCAAUUCCUAUCUUCUUCAAGAUGCUUGUGGCUCAUGCGAGCUCGAUGUCAUCCCACCAACAUUUAGAGGAAUUGGAGAGAUUGCGUAUAGCACUUACAACCUCAACUAUGAGACUUCAAAAUGGUGGGACUGCAGAUUCAGCAUCCUCUGAGGAAUAUGCCGAGGACAUAGAGGCAGAAGCAAAUUCAUAUUUCCAGCAAAUGUUUUCUGGCCAGUUAAUGAUUGAUGCCAUGGUUCAAAUGCUGACUCGGUUCAAGGAAUCUUCUUUGAAAAGGGAGCAGUCUAUUUUUGAGUGUAUGAUUGCCAACCUAUUCGAGGAAUAUAAGUUCUUUCCCAAGUAUCCAGAAAUGCAACUUAAAAUUGCUGCAGUACUCUUUGGCUCUGUCAUCAAGCACCAACUUGUAACUCAUCUGACACUUGGGAUUGCCUUGCGCUGUGUUUUAGAUGCGCUCCGUAAGCCUCCAGAUUCAAAGAUGUUUGUAUUUGGAACCAAGGCAUUGGAGCAGUUUGUGGAUCGAUUAAUUGAAUGGCCACAGUAUUGCAAUCAUAUUCUACAAAUAUCUCAUCUUCGGAACACUCACUCAGAUCUUGUUGCUUUUAUUGAGCGAACUCUUGCGCGAAUAUCAUCAAGUCAUUCAGAUCCUGAUGGAGGCAACAUUCCUGCUAGUGUUCAUCAUGGUCCACCUCAAGGUGGCGCUGCAAAUAUGGAGGUGAAUAGCACUUCAGGCAUUCUUGCCGGACAGCAACCUAUUUUGCCAUUCCAGCUUCAACAGAGACAGGAAGCAUCCCUAGACGAUAGGCAUAAGACUCAUGCAUCUUCGGUAAUGGAGGUGAAAGCUGUGGUGCCUGCGCCAGGGAAACCUCCAGCUAGCACAGUAGGUGAAUCUUCCAAUAUCCAGAAGUUGCAGACCCAGAAUGUAGGGAUUACUGCUGUACCAUCGUCUUCAUCACCUGGUUUUGUUCGUCCUUCCAGGGCUCCUCCUUCUGCUCGGUUUGGCUCUGCUUUGAACAUUGAGACACUCAUUGCUGCUGCUGAGAAACGAGAUACUCCUAUAGAGGCUCCGGCAUCAGAAGUUCAAGACAAGAUAUCAUUUAUUAUCAACAACCUUUCAGUGACGAAUAUUGAAGCUAAAGCAAAAGAGUUCACUGAAAUUUUUAAAGAGCAGUUCUACCCAUGGUUUGCGCAGUACAUGGUCAUGAAAAGAGCAAGCAUUGAACCAAAUUUUCAUGACCUUUACUUGAAGUUUUUGGACAAAGUCAAUUCAAAGGCCUUAAAUAAAGAGAUUGUUCAAGCAACUUAUGAGAACUGCAAGGUCCUUCUAAGAUCUGAGCUCAUAAAAUCAAGUUCAGAAGAGCGUUCACUACUGAAGAACUUGGGUAGCUGGCUCGGGAAAUUAACCAUUGGCAGAAAUCAAGUUUUAAGGGCUCGCGAAAUAGAUCCAAAGUCAUUGAUUAUCGAGGCAUAUGAGAAGGGUAAAAUGAUUGCAGUUAUCCCAUUUACUUCAAAGAUUCUUGAGCCCUGCCAAAACAGUCUAGCGUACCAACCUCCUAAUCCAUGGACCAUGGGAAUCCUUGGAUUACUAGCUGAAAUUUAUCUGAUGCCCAACUUGAAAAUGAACCUCAAAUUUGAUAUUGAGGUCCUGUUCAAAAAUCUUGGGGUGGAUUUGAAGGACAUGACACCUACGUCACUUCUGAAGGAUCAUAUAAGAGAAGUUGAAGGAAACCCUGAUUUUUCAAACAAAGAUGUUGCCGCAACCCAACCACAAAUCCUUGCUGAUGUUAAAUCUGGAAUAAUAUCACCAAUAAAUCAAGUAGAAUUACCUCUGAAGAUUGCCAGUCCGUCUGAUUCUAGCCAUACACACUUACUGUCUCAGUUUGCUGCUCCUCUUCAACUAUCAUCUGGUGCACUGAUUGAGGAUGAAAAGUUAGCAGCUUUGGGUCUGUCUGAUCAACUUCCCUCUGCCCAAGGACUCUUGCAGGCUGCCCAGUCCCAGUCUUCAUUCUCUGUUAGUCAGCUGCCUUCUCCAAUUCUUAACAUUGGAACUCAUGUUAUAAUCAACCAAAAGCUAACUGGUCUUGGCUUGCAUUUGCAUUUCCAGAGGGUGGUUCCAAUAGCUAUGGACAGAGCUAUCAAGGAGAUAGUACCUGGGAUUGUGCAACGUAGCGUUUCCAUAGCAACUCAAACAACAAAGGAACUUGUUUUAAAGGACUAUGCUCUGGAGUCAGAUGAGACAAGAAUCUAUAAAGCAGCGCGGAAAAUGGUUGCGAGCCUUGCUGGAAGUCUAGCUCAUGUGACAUGCAAGCAGGAACCUUUGCGUGCUUCAAUAUCAAAUCAGCUAAAAAAUUCGCUUCAGGGCUUGAAUAUAUCUGCCGAACUUCUUGACCAGGCUGUUCAACUGGCUACCAAUGAUAAUCUUGACCUUGGCUGUGCAGUCAUUGAACGGGCUGCAGCUGAUAAGGCAAUUCAAACCAUCGAUGCUGAAAUCUCUCAACAACUUAACCUAAAGAAACAUAGGGAGGGUGUUGCUCCAGCAUAUUUUGAAGCCACUGUAUUUGUUCAAGGUUCAAUGGGCAUUCUCCCAGAGGCUCUUCGCCCCAAACCCGGUCAUUUGUCCCUUUCUCAACAACGGGUUUAUGAGGACUUUGAUAGGCUUCCCUGGCAAAACCAUUCGAAUCAAAGUUCACAUUCACUGCCUUCAGGACAUUCAGCUGCAUCUGGAGGUUCUCUACCUUCUACUACAUAUGAUCUGGUGUCUGGACAACUAUCUGGCUAUGCUCCGUCCUAUGUUAACUCAGGAGCUGAAGCAGUUUCUCGUCAAUUGGAUCUUCCUUCUGAAGGAAUAGAGGCUAAUUCAGCUCCAUUUCUCAGUGUGUCCUCAACUCAUAUUGGCACAGUGGAUGGGGUUACUCAGAGUUCUGACAAAAAUGCAGUUACCGCUUCACUGCCUUUGUCUGUUUCCGUGUCUGAGCUGAAUUCGGUGGAAACCUCCAGUGCUAUGAAAGACACUGCUCCUCCACAGCCUUUGCCCUCACCUGUGCCCUCUGAGCGCAUUGGAAAUAGUAUAUCAGAACCUUCAUUGCAGCCAAGGGAUGCAUUAGACAAAUACCAAAUUGUUGCACAGAAGUUGGAAGAUUUGAUGACUAAUGACGCUAGAGAUGUAGAAGUUCAGAGAAUAAUUGCUGAGGUUCCUGAGAUCAUACUACGCUGCAGAGGUCGAGAUGAGGCUGCUUUGGCAGUAGCUCAAAAGGUUUUCAAGGGUUUGUAUGAAAACCCAUCAAAUAACUUUCAUGCCAGUGCUCAUCUUGCAAUUCUGGCUGCCAUCAGAGAUGUUUGUAAGCUGGUGGUUAAGGAGGUUACAAGCUGGGUAAUAUACUCGGAUGAGGAGCGGAAGUUCAAUAAAGAUAUCAUUAUGGGACUGAUCCACAGUGAAUUGCUAAACCUCGCUGAGUACAAUGUUCAUAUGGCAAAGCUGAUAGAUGGGGGCAGGAAUAAGGCGGCUACAGAGUUUGCUGUUUCUCUUCUGCAAACUCUAGCAAUUGAAGAAUCUAGUGUUGUUUCUGAGCUCCAUAGUCUUGUUGAAGCAUUGGCAAAGCUUGCGACAAAGCCUGGCAUGCCUGAGUCAUUACAGCCGCUGGUUGAGGUUUUGAAGAAUCCUGGUGCUAAUGCGAAUGCCUUUGCGAGUCUCACUAUUGGAAAGGAGGAUAAGACCAAGCAAGUAAAGGACAAGAAGGUUCCUGGACCUACCGCCAUUGGUAGAGAUGACUACAACAAUAUUGAUGUUGUGGAGCCCGAUCCUGCUGGCUUUGGUGAGCAGGCAUCCUUGCGUUUUGGAGAAUGGUACAGGAUAUGUGAACUUCCUGGUUCAAAUGAUGCUGCUUGUUCACAUUACAUCUUACAGUUGCAUCAAAGUGGACUUCUUAAAGUUGAUGACAUGACAGAUCGGUUUUUCCGUGCUCUAACGCAUAUUGCUGUUUCUCAUUGCGUUUCUUCUGAAGUGAUCAAUUCAAGCACUACACAGUCACCUCAGCAAGUACAGAAUCUUUCAUUCCUUGCAAUCGACACAUAUGCAAAACUCGUCUUUUCAGCGGUUAAGUAUUGUCCUGUGGACCAAGGAUCCAGCAAGCAUGCACUUUUUUCGCGGAUACUGGUUGUUACUGUUAGAUAUAUCCAAAAAGAUGCGGAGGAGAAGAAAGCUUCUUUUAAUCCGAGACCGUAUUUCAGAUUGUUUAUCAAUUGGCUGUUGGACUUCAAUUCCCAAGAUCCAGCUAUUGAUAGUGCACAUUUUCAGAUUUUGACAGCAUUUGCGAAUGCAUUCCAUGCUUUGCAGCCUCUGAAAGUUCCAGCAUUCAGCUUUGCAUGGCUUGAGCUGGUUAGUCACAGGAGUUUCAUGCCGAAGAUUCUCUCUGGGAACUCUCAGAAAGGUUGGCCUUACUUCCAGCGCCUGCUGGUUGACUUGUUUCAGUACAUGGAGCCAUUCUUGAGAAAUGCUGAACUUGGUUUGCCGGUUCAUUUUCUGUAUAAGGGAACACUUAGAGUGCUGCUUGUGCUGCUUCAUGAUUUUCCAGAGUUCCUUUGUGAUUAUCAUUUUACAUUUUGUGAUGUGAUUCCUCCUAGCUGCAUCCAAAUGCGAAAUAUCAUCCUUAGUGCAUUUCCUCGCAAUAUGAGGCUUCCUGAUCCAUCUACUCCUAACUUAAAGAUUGAUUUGCUUGCGGAGAUCACUCAACCACCUCGCAUCCUUUCUGAAGUUGAUGCUGCUGUAAAAGCAAAGCAGAUGAAGGCUGAUAUUGAUGAGUAUCUUAAGACAAGGCCACAAGGAUCACCAUUUUUGACUGAACUGAAGCAGAGAUUACUGCUUCCGCCAAGUGAAGCCUCAGUUUCUGGCACCAGAUAUGAUGUGCCGCUGAUAAAUUCUCUUGUUCUUUAUGUCGGGAUGCAGGCCAUUCAGCAGCUACAGUCGAGGACUGCUCAUGCACAAACACCAGUAAAUCCUGCUUCACUGGCUGUUUUCCUGAUCAGUGCGGCACUGGAUAUUUUCCAGACCCUGAUACUGGAGUUGGAUACUGAAGGACGCUAUCUCUUUUUGAAUGCAAUUGCUAAUCAACUGCGUUACCCAAAUACGCAUACACACUAUUUCUCUUUUGUCCUCCUCUACUUAUUUGCAGAAGCGAAUCAGCAGGAGAUUGUCCAAGAGCAGAUUACGAGAGUCUUGUUCGAACGCCUAAUUGUGAACCGCCCUCAUCCUUGGGGUCUUCUUAUAACCUUUAUUGAACUCAUCAAGAAUCCGCGAUACAACUUUUGGAACCGAUCCUUCAUCCGCUGUGCCCCCGAGAUUGAGAAGCUUUUCGAAUCCGUCGCAAGAUCAUGCGGGGGUCCGAAAACUGUGGACGACAGCGUGGUCUCUGGUUGGAUAUCCGACAACGCACACUGACUUGUAACUUUGUGGCCAUAGUUUCUUUUCUUUCUUUUUUUCCCUUCAAUGUUUUCUGUAGACCCUUGUCUGUUUGUUUUCGGCCGAAACAUGGACCCUGUAAUUGACUCUCUUGUACAUUGUAGGACAGCUCAAACUUAGAAAAUUCCAGAGCCAAUUUUUUCA